AUGCCUUUGGCCCUCUGUCUACUUCGGAACAGAAUAUAUCUUUCCUCCUUGUCGGACCAGACAUCGAUCCCGCACGUUUUCUUCACCUCGCGCACGAAGCCGACCCUCGUUCUACACCAGCCGAAGGCCGCGCCCCACAUCCUGCUUGGCUUGAUCCCUACCGUAGAUGAACACCUCGAUCUCGGUGAAUACUCUAAACCCGGCGAACGCCUUGUUCUACUUGACCAUGAGAUAGACUCAACGGUGAGCAUUCUCCAAUACAUAGAUGAGCACAUGGUGGGGUCGUCGCUGUUUGCGUAG